CAAUUUUUUCAUGGUAUCAGAGCAGGUUUAGAACCUAGUAUUUUCGCUUCACCGGCGGACGGCAACCUCACCUUAGCCGUCCGCCGGACCUCAAUCUAUUCCGCUUAUUUUCUACACAUACCUUUCCAUCAUUGUCCAAAUCUUCUCUCUCUCAGAGGCAACCCAGCAACACCCACUCGAGCUUGCUCUCGGAAUGACUGAACCAACUUCUGAACGCCGCAUCUGGAAGCUUAGCAAAACAACUUCAAAACUCCUACCAUCUGCCUCAUCUGGAGAUGUUCCUCUCCUCUCUUCUAUAACUAGGCCUAACCCAAUUCAAGUUCAAAUCCAAGAGGUUUCCCCACAGUUUGAAGAGAAUAAGAGGGAUGAGAAAGAAUGGAUUAGCAGGAAGUUAGAUGUCAUCGAGAGUUCCCUUGCAGAUUCAAGUUACAGUCCAAUUCCAUUGAAGCUUAGCAGUCCUGUGAGUUCAAUGUUUGAUCACAACACCCCAAAUGAUCAAACCCAUAUCAGCAACAGACUUUUUGGAUCUGCAACUCCAUCUCCAAGAGCUUUCUCACCCAUCAAAACUUCUUCUUCAAUGUGUAGCCACAUGCGAAGGACUAUCUACAAUGGUGGAUGCAACCCACAGAAGAUUGCCCCGGCGGUUCAAAUCAGGUCGGUGAUCCCAGUAUGUGCAGCGCCACCACUACCAGUGAGACCAACGCCACACCAACCCUACUCACUGAUUUCCCUGUGUUGGUUUAAGGCCAGCGUGAUGGUAUCUCCAUACCGGCCCUCCGGUGCUGUGCUACGGCACUCACGAAUCACGAUUUCCACACCCGCCCUGUUUUCCAGUUUGGUUACCACAGUGAGUGGUAGAGGCCAAAUCGGCGAAGACAUCGCCAAAGAGACCGCGAAGGAUUGGAAGGGCCUCCGCGUCACCGUGAAGCUCACCGUCCAGAACCGUCAGGCCAAAGUCUCCGUCGUCCCCUCCGCCGCCGCGCUCGUCAUCAAGGCCCUGAAAGAGCCCGAGCGCGAUCGCAAGAAGACGGUGAUACCUCUAGGAAGAAGCUUCAUCUCUCCAAAGACCAGUCGAUGAUUCUCGAAGAAAGCUUUAAAGUUCACAACAGUCUCAAUCCGAAGCAAAAGCAAAAGCUUUAAAGUUCUCUCAUCACGUUAUUUCAC